CUCAAUGAGUCACGGUUAACGCCCCACUCUUCUCUAUCAAGGCAUCCACAUAAAUCUUGCACUUGCUUUGUUUAAUCCUGCGUGAUACUUUGGUCGAGUUUUAAAUUCGUUUUUGGCUUUUCUUUUUUGUCGACUCGGAUGGUAAAAAUCGGUUGAUCGCCUAUGGAAGGCCACGUGGUGAAGGCCCUCGGUUGGAGGCUCUGGAGAGCGUCCAGAAGGAAGUACAUCAAAAUCCCUUUUUACAUACUUUUCCCCAUUCUCCUAGCUGUUUUGCUCACCCAGGUGAAAGUACACAAUUCGCCCGGUGAGAACAUACAAAAUGGUACUUUUCCCCCAGCCUUGCCAUCCGAAUACUUUUUCUCCCAAGAAUUACUCGCUGGCAACCGGUUCGACGUACUCUUCUACCCGGACAACAAUGGCACCCGACUUAUUAUGAAGAAAUUUAAUGAUUUGAUGCCUCCGAAGUCGAUCAAUAACAUAAUGGGCAUGGAAAGUGAGGUUGAAAUAGAAUCCUGGCUCUCUGACCACUACAAAAACAAAUCGGUAGUAUUUGAAAAUUCAAACGUCGGAUUUGGCGUCAUAUUCAAGGAAUUGACAAACGACUCACUCACUUACGCCUUGCGUAGCACCCAAAUGACAAUCUGGCAAACGAGAAACCUUUUCCCCGCUUACAUGGGCCCCGGACCUGCUGAAGCUGGCCAGCAUUAUAUUACAAGUGGUUUCAUCUCUCUGCAAGCUGCUAUUAAUAUGGGCUAUAUGGAUUACUUGAAGGUGAACUUCAGUCAAGAUUGGUGGUUUCAAGAAUUUCCUUAUCCGCCUUACAAACUUGAAACAAAACAAGCUUUUGAAAUGGUUUAUAUUUACGGUCUACAUAGCGUCCUUAUAACAGGAUUUUUCCCACUUGUUUUGUUCCUUGUCGCCAAUAUCGUGACUGAGAAGAACAAUGGUUCCAGGGAAAUCUUAAGGCUCAACGGAGUAAACGAUUUGGGAAUAUAUGGCUAUUGGUUUGCAUUUUUCUUCUGGCAGAGUUUUAUCAUAGUUACCGUCAUAGUCAUUCUGUUUAAAAUCAAUACAGGAGGAGGAUCUCUACUUGAAUAUUCCAAUCCAUUUCUUUUAUGGUUAUUUUUCAUGUUGUUUUGCAUACAGAUGAUAUUCAUGGUAUUUGCAAUAUCGUCUGUUUUUACUAAUUCUGCUUAUGCGACAUUUUUCACCAUUGUUUUUUACUUGAUUAUGAACGGCGCUAUAUCGUAUUUUAUGAAGGCGACGACUACGUUUAUUGGAUUUUUAACCGUUUUAACUCCAAUGGGGUCGUUGUUUCAUGGGCUGAAGGUCAUCACAUCUCUUGAAAGUUCGAAAGUCGGACUUCAAUUCAGCCAGCUUGGUUACAAAGUGCCGAAUACGGGCGAAGGUCCAAUGUUUCUGAUCGUCUUCAUAAUGGGGAUCAGCUGUGCCUUCUUCACUCACAUCUUCAAGUACCUCGACGCUAUAAAACCGGGAGAGUACGGCUCCGCUAAACCAUGGCAUUUCUUCUUACCCGACUUCGUUAAGAAAUUCUGCCAAAUUGCGCCGGAUUUGCAAGAUGAAGAUUUGAAGAAAAAAAAUCCAUCUAAAGUCAUCGAAGAGGCCAACAUACCGGUUGGAAUCAAAAUAGAUAAUGUUUACAAGGUGUUCGGAGCUUUGCAAGCCGUUAACGGCCUCUCAAUUGAUAUUUACCAAGACCAAAUAACUGUUUUGUUGGGCCAUAAUGGUGCUGGAAAAACAACUUUAAUAUCAAUACUUACUGGUGUAAUAUCCCCAACAUCCGGCGAGGUAAUAGUAAACGGUUUGAACCUUUUUGAAAACAUGACAAACUUCAGGAAAGACUUCGGCUACUGUCCUCAGCACGAUAUCCUUCUAUGCGAUCUAUCUGUUCACGAGCAAAUCAUAUUUUUUGGAAUGGUGAGAGGGCUUCCGAGAGCACAGAUCAGUAGAGAAGCGGUCGACUUGAUGUCAAAAUUCGACAUCCAACAUCGGAAGAAUGCACUGCCCGCCCAGCUGUCGGGCGGAAUGAAGCGCAAACUCUGCCUCGCCAUAUCACUUGCAAACAACCCUAAAGUGCUUUUCCUUGAUGAACCGACAUCAGGUCUGGAUCCUCAGUCACGACGAAACAUCUGGGAUACACUAUUGGCAUUAAGAGGAAAUAGAACCAUGAUUAUAAGUACACAUUUCAUGGAGGAGGCUGAUGUUCUUGGUGAUAAAAUUGCAAUUAUGGCCCAUGGGGAAAUUCGCUGUUAUGGUUCUUCGAUUUUCUUAAAAAAACAUUUUGGCUCUGGGCAUCAAGUAACAAUUACUUAUAACCUGGAUGUCAAUCCUGCUAAUAUUAAGGAAGUAGUACAAGAAGUGAUUCCGACAGUGAAGACCAGUGAAAAAAUCCAACAGCGCCAACUCGUUUUGAACGUGCCAAUAGAGGAUACGUCUAAAUUGCCGUCGCUCUUCAAAGAACUUGAAAACGUCCAGGGCUCGAGUAUCAAAGGGAUCGGUGUAAAUUGCACAUCAAUGGAGGAAGUCUUUUUAAAGGUCCAAGAAGGUGAAGGAAUCUCGACGGAUUUCGACGAAACGGAUUUUGCUUACAUGGGAAAAAACAACUUGACUAAACUACACGGAAUCGGUCUCGUUGUGCAACAGUUCUUUGCACUUCUCGUCAAAAGGGGACUGCUGUUCAAAUCGUCACUGAUUUUCUCAUUAAUCUUACUGAUCCUCUUCCCCUCAUACAUGACUUACAUCACGUUCGGGACUAUGAAUACAGUGACGGAAGACGUCCAAUCUAUGCCAUUGACCAUGGACUUGGAGAAUUACGGCGAAACGACUGUGUUGGUCGGCGGGAGGGAUGACCCUCUCACGAAUUCCUACAAGAAAUGUGUGCAGAACCAGAAGAGCACUACUGUCGUAACCGAUAAAGAAACUGCGAAAGAGCUGUACCAAGCGGCCGAAGACGAUUUGCCUCACUUCAGAAAUUUCAUGAUCGUCGCUGCUGAUUUGCUAAACAGCCCGAUUGCUUUGUACUCAUCUCUGGCAUUCCACGCGCCGGCCAUUGCAAUAUCGCUUCUUUUCAACGCUUUCAUCAACGUGGGAAAUCCAAAAGUACCCAAGACGAUCAGAACCAUCAACUACCCAUAUUCUUUCGAUCAGGACCCUUGUGAUCCGAAUCAAGUAGUGAGCUUUGUCAUUCCAUACAUAUGGUUAUUUUUGGCAUCUGGCAUAAUGGUAAGCAUGACCUACUUUGUCCGUUUUCCAAUCUCAGAGAGGGUCAACGGGAUGAAACAGCUGCAGUACAUGAGCGGCUUGAGCCCAAUGACUUAUUGGGCAUCCAAUUUAACCUUCGACAUCGGCCUCUUCUGCAUCAUUUUGGUCGUAUUCCUUAUUACAGGUUACACGAUGGAUGUUAACCAUAUAUUGCACGAUGGUGAUGUAAUAAGUCUGAUUGUUCUUAUCCUUUUCUUGUAUGCCCUUUCAAUGAUGUGCGUUUGCUACUUCAUGAGUUUUCUCUUUACAACAUAUUCCGGAGCUAAGAAUGUUAUAGUUAUGAUUUCAUUAAUAUUCUCACUGAUGCCUCUUCUCACGGACUGGCUUACCAACGACAAUAAGUUCGCUCAUUAUAUUUUUUAUCUGUCACCUACGACACCAUUUACUCAAGCGAUUUACAAAAUAAUGACGGUCGUCAAGAACAGGCUUAUGUGUAAAAAUUGUACCCUCGGUUUAUUGGGCCAAGUGUGUCAAGAGUUGAACAAGAACAACGGAUUCGACUUAAUGACUUGCUUGGUGUUUCUUAUAGUAGAUAUUAUAUUGUUUCUCGUCCUGACGCUCUUGAUGGACUACCGUUACAUCCAGCUGGGUAUUCAUCUCGUAAAAGAGAAGCUUUACGGUCCGAUUGAGAAGGGGGGCGAUUCUGUUGACGCUGACGUAUCGUUGGAAAAGCAUAAAGUCACGUCGAGCACCCUUGGAAUGAGACACAGGAAAAAAUCAGCGCCGAUGAUGCAUAAUGACCAACUAGAGCAUGUAGAUAUUGAUUUCAUCGAUGCACCUAAUGAUGGAUCUACGAAUUCGACAGAUCAAAUAAUAGAAAGGUCUAAUGGUGAAUUGGAAAACAGUCCUAAAAUAUCAAGUGAAGAUUUAGUAUUGAUCACAGACAGCCUGGGGAAAAAGUACAACAGGGAUUUGACUGCUGUUUACGAUGUAAGCUUCACCGUUGCUAAGGGCGAAUGCUUCGGCCUCCUCGGCGUAAACGGCGCCGGUAAGACGACGACUUUUUCCAUACUCUCGGGUGAGAUUUUUGCGAGCCGAGGCGACGCAGUCAUGCACGUUCCGAACGGCUACCACACCCUGAGCCAGACAAGGAGCAAGUUUCUUCAGAACAUCGGCUACUGCCCUCAGGAGAACAGAAUCAGCAUGGAACUGACUGCCUACCAGCUUUUGAACCUGUUCGCCUUGCUUAGGGGAGCGCCGAAAUACGACGCUCAAAAACUGGCAGAGCAGUGGAUCCGUAAUUUAGAUCUUCAUCUCUAUUGUCAUAAACCAUGUGGAAAGUAUAGUGGAGGCAAUAAGAGGAAGCUGUGCACAGCUAUAGCUCUCAUAGCCGAUCCUCCAGUCAUACUUCUUGAUGAGCCAACGACCGGUGUCGACCCCGUGACAAGGCGAAAGCUUUGGAAGGUGUUCAAGCAGAUCCAGUCCAACGACCAGACGAUCGUUUUAACAUCACAUAGCAUGGACGAAUGCGAAGCCACUUGCGACAGGCUGACAAUAAUGGUUGGCGGCGCUAUGAGGUGCAUCGGUACGAUUCAAUACCUCAAGCAAAAGUUCGCCCAAGGUUUCACCAUAUUCAUCAAAAUCGACGUCCUCACUUCAGACGAAGAAGUCGAAAUGAUUAAAAACAAGGUUGUCACUCUUUUCGGCCACUAUUGCGAGCUUAAAGACGAGUUCAAGGGAUUUCUUCAUUACCACCUCAGCGACCUCAGCUACAAGUGGUCGCAACUCUUUGAAAAGAUGGAAAGCCUCAAGAAGGAUUGCGAUAAGAUCGACGAGUACAUGCUCAGCGACACAAGCCUGGAACAGGUUUUCCUGACCCUGUCCAAAGAGCAGAAAGCCCAAGCUGACAAUUGAACUUAAACGCGCUCCUUCUCAAUAUAUGCAUUUUAACCAAAGAAUUGUGGUACACUUGAUGCCUUAGUUACUUAUGCUUAGUAUUUAUAUUGUAUGAGCAAAUUUUUAAUAAUUUAUUCCUAUUUUUCCAGUGUAUAUUUUUUUAAUGUAAAAGCUAUUAAUACUUAAUUAAUGAAUGUUGCCUUUACGCCUGAGUGUAUAAUAUAUAAAAAUGUUCAAUAAUG